AUGACAGGUGCCAAGCUUUCCAUCCCAUCCGGUGACCCACGGAGGUUCUGCAGGACUGUCAGUGUUUUGGGCAAAGUGGCCUUCAUGUGCCUGGAAGAGAAGAGAAACGUCAUUGAGGAAACCACCGAGUAUCUGCGGUAUGCAGUAAGCAGAGAGGACCUGCAGCUCUUGCUGACUGAAGAAGGAGCGUGGGAGGCGUUCGUGGCAGAGGCUGAGUUGUCCAGGGCUGAGGCAACCAACUUUCGAGAGGCCCUGAGUGAACUCACAGCCAGCAUAGCUGUUAAAGAUGACAGCAGGCUCCAAAAUGACAGGGAAUGGUUUGUGGACUCAUUUCCUCAGGUGAAACUGGAGUGUGAGGAGCACAUCAGGAAGCUCCGUGCCCUUGCAGACAAGGUGGACAAGGUGCACAGGGACUGCACCAUCUCCAGCGUUGUGGCCGACACUACCAGCACUGUCUCUGGAGUGUUGACCCUCCUUGGUCUUGCUCUGGUUCCUGUGACAGCAGGGACCAGUCUGGUGCUCUUAGCAACUGGGAUGGGGCUGGGAGCAGCAGCUGCAGUGACUAGUAUUUCCACUGAUAUUGUAGACCAUGCAAACAAGUUGUCAGCCCAAACUGAAGCCAGCCACCUGGUGUCAACCAGCAUGGACAAAGUGAAGGUGGUUGCAGGGACUGUGGCUCAUUCAGUGCCCAAAGUCUUUUCUCUAUCCCAGAAUUGCUUCCGGGUCGUGAAAUGCAUUGAGAGGACCAUUGAUGGUAUCAAGCUCAUCAAAACCAAUCCUGCCUUAACAGCCAGUGCCAAGUGCUUCACAACUACUGGGAGAAUUUCUGUCCAAAGUGGUAAACAGGUGAAGAAAGCCUUUAAAGGCACUCCUCUGGCACUGAGCAGAAGAGCCCGGAUCAUGGGUGCAGCCACUGCAGGGGUGUCCCUUCUUAUGGAUGUGCUCAGCCUUGUGAAAGAGUCCAAGCAUUUGCAUGAAGGGGCAAAAACAAGGUCAGCUGAAGUGUUGAGGCAGCAGGCUCAGGAGCUGGAGGAGAAAUUGGAGAGGCUUGUUUGGAUCUAUGACAGUUUGCAGUCAGGCCAGACUCAGUGA